AUGAUCGUCUUGUUCCUUUAUUCAUUAGGUAGUCCCGAACUUUCUUCGAUGCGUACGCAAGGCAGUAAUAUGUCCCUUUCUAAGGUGGGACCUUUGCUUUACAGUGAAUCGAUCGAACUCCUUUCGAACCCAGGAAGCACUAAUAUAAGAAGGAAAUUGAUUCACCCAAUGCAAACGAACCGGGAUUUUCAAAAUGGCUUGCCCCUGGACUUUAACAAUGAUGCCCUAGAAGAAAUGGAGAAUUUAAAUAAAAUUGAUCGCGACGGUCUCUCUGCUAUUCAUCGAGCUGUUCGUGGUAAUAAGAUUCAGACUGUCAGAAUUUUGUUAGAUUAUGGUGCGGAUAUCAAUUUGAAAGACAAAGAUGGAUUCACGGCACUUCAUGCUGGCGUGAGGUAUGUGCGUAAAAAAUGUUCAAGUAAAGGGCUUAGGAAAACAUCUAAUGGUUCUUCACACUAGCUGAUUCAAGAGUGCUAAUGCAUGCCAGAAUGUUUUUUUCAGUUGUAUGAAUGAAGGAUUCAGCUGUUGGGACAGAGAAAGUAUUGGUGAUUGAAAAUGGUUCUCUGUAAUUUAUUUAGUUGUGUUGUUGUUGUUGUUUUUUAUAUCUGUUCAUGAUAGAAUUACCCGCCAUUCUUUGAUAACUCCUACAAAAAACACUGUAUAUGAACAAGUAUUGUUUUUUGGCUUACUUACUGAUCAAAACCUAGUUCCAAGUCAUCGAAAACGCUACACGAUGAAACAAUUUAUCCAAUUAAAGGAGAUGUGUCACGAAAUUUAUAAAACUUCGAUCAAAUAGCGGAAAUUGCCAACAAAUUGGGUGAACGUAAAACUAACCUUCAAAACGUUAAAAGAAAAUACAAUUCACCCAGCAAAUACAGAAGGAGGUGCGGAUGGGCAAACAUGAAGAAGAUUGAAACGGAUUGCAAUUGUGGUUUUUGAAAACUUGUUAGCCUAACUUGUUAGCCUAUGCAGAUUCUCAGACGCACGGUUUGGUUGAUUUUAGGUUUGAGAGAACAGAGAUUGUUCAACUUUUGCUUGAAAGAGGCGCCGACCCAAUAAUAGCAAACAAUAACGAAAUGACACCGCUGGAUUCAGCUGCACGUACAGGGCUCGUGGAGUUAUGCACUCUUCUGCUCAAAGAUUCGAGGGUAAAAUAUCACUUAAACCAUAAAAGCAUAACUCCGUUCUUUAUGGCCUGUAUCAAUGGCAGUCGAGAAGUAUGCGAGUUGUUUAUUAGACAUGGGUUUGACGUCACUACCCACUGGAUGCAAAGAACCACUCCUCUCCACAUUGCAGCAUUUCAAGGGCAUAAAGAGGUUUGUGAGCUACUGAUUGAAACAGGUAAUAUCUUGCUGGACAUGUAUCAUGACUACAUAGAGACGGAAAUAUAUAAUGAUGUUAUUAUUUCUAGAGAUGCUCUAAGCUUCUUAGACUGUCUUUGGGUGUUUGCCUUACCCCUAUUCAGACAGAGCUUUAAUUAGCUUCCUGAGAGGGCGAGGGAGAGAAAGGCCUUGACUUCAUGUUUUUUUCUCAAAUCAGUCACCGAAAAACUUGGAUUACACCAGCAGUUAAAAAAAUAAUAAAUUUGUUGAAAUAUUGCCAAAUUAAAAACAUGGCUCUCAAAACUCGUUUGCCACGGUAACGUCAAAGUUAAUGUACACGUAUUCCAACUUUAAUUAGUAUAUACACACUCAGUGAUCUUGGUUAUUUAAGCAAUCUGAUUGGUUCGCUAUCUCGGACUAUUCAACAAUAUUCACCUCCUGGCGAGUGGAUAAUGUGUGAGCUCGGUGUUUUUCCCAUUUUUUUAGAGAACAAUCUUUUAAAAGUCGACAAAAUCCUAGCGCUGACUUUUUUUAAGGCAAGAAAGGAUUUGGAAGGAUUCAAUACGGCGUUUUUCAAUUUACUAUAGCUGAGUUUUGUGCUCGAUGGAUUGUUUACAACUCCCCUGUAUUCGCGUAGAAGAAGCCGUUUCGUGAACUCAGCGUUUUCUAACAAGAAAAUUUUGGCUCAAAAAUCGGAGUUUAUUUAUGACAAACAAAUUUAAAAGGAAAUGUCUGCAGAAAUUCUACGUUUCAAGUAAACAGGAAAAAGAAUGAUACAGGAAGACGACGUCUUACCUCGAGCAACCGAGCAGGCCAUUUUUGUCAGCACUUCAUGCGAAGAACGACACAACAAGCCCUUUUGGCUAUAAACUUGGCGAGUCAACAGAAAACAACAAAGCUCCACUUUUCUUCUCAGGUAAGGAAACAGUUCAAACUUUUAGCGGUUCCAUUUAAGCCAUUAAGCUGUUGUUUGCGAAAUGAUAAACUUGUGAAUUGCCAUGUUUGAAAAUUCUGCAAAGAUCUAUUAUUAAACUUACGAUCUGUCAAUCAGAUUGUACUUUUUAAUGGUUUCCUCUCUGAUUUUGUUGAGAUCACUUCGUGUGUAUAUACUUUGGAAAUAUUUACCUCGCCGCUUUCGCGACUCGGCAAAUAUUUAGCCACUAUUCACCUCGAUUUCAAAGAAUAAUCGUUAAAUAUUCCCAGAUAAUUUUUAGGAAAUGUCGCUAAGUUUGGUAAUUUACUUGACUUUUUAGCGACGGGAGGGGGAGAUCAAAAGCCCCGUCCCGGACUGAGGAGGGUUGAGACGCCAGUUUUACAAAAAUUCAUACGAUUUUUGUGAUUUCUUGGAAUUCCUAAAUAAGGGGUAUAUUUUUUGCCUUAACUAGCCCUUAUUCCAUCUCCCUUAAAAAUUCCAAACGGCUGCAAUUGAUCAGUGCACUUUAUAAUACCUGAAUUUAAUGUCCAUUGAAAACUUUUUAAGUUGCCUAAAGUACAAGCAAAAUCGAGUAAAUAUUGAAGUUUCCUUGCUGAUAAUUUAAAUUGAUUAGAUUGUACGUCUGAGGGUGAGGGUUAUUAAUUAUAGCUAAUCUAUUUGUUAUAAUCAGCUUCUAAAGAGUUACAUACGCUAGAGGAUUUUGUAAAUUUCAAAGACUCAGAAGGCAAUACCCCUCUUCACUUCGCCUGCAUCGGAGGACAUGGAGGUGUGGGGGAGCUUUUAUUACGCCGUGGCGCGGAUCAUGAGGCCGUUAACUUCUUGGAAUCUGCUUCUCCGCUCCAUUUAGCGGUGAAACAGGGCCACUUUUCCAUGGUACAACUUCUUUUUAUGUGGGGAGCAGUUGCUGACGUCAGGGAUGGUAAACAAAGGACACCGCUUCAUAGGUAUAAUUACGUAACCUAUCUGUUUCUGCUCUAUGGAAAAACUCCUAUUCGUGUAAACAUUUGUUCUAUGUCUCUGUUGCCAAUUGUUUUUUGGGUUUAUAGGCUGGAAAUAAGUUGCAAUUUGUAGAGCUUUCUAGAUAAAAACGGCAAAACAGGAAACAAUAUUCCAUGGAAACUGUUUUACUCUAUAUUACACAUCAAGAAUGAGCGGAAAGAAAAUGGACUAGAAAUAAGUCUCUAGAUGUUUUAAAGUAUUGUCUAAAGCCUUUUGUGUCAUUCAUUUUGACCUCCUCUCCGGUGGAGAGUGUCUGACGCUGCAUACGUUUGGCUUGCAGACUACCUUUCCUUGCUUAAACAAGUGCCAGUAGUCAAUUUAGGGUGUGUUCUGUCAGACCACCUUUUCUUGACAGCUCACAUGCCCCAGGGCUUUAUUUUCUGUUUCGGUGUUAUUCACGAUGUACGAAAACGAGUUACUUUUAAUUCCUAACCAUUGUAACUAGAUGGGGUAUACAUUACAGUACAGUUAAAGUCCUCCAGAUGGUAAACCUGUUACCGUGGGGUUGCACAUGCGACUACACGGUCGACCAGUGCAGUGAAACCACUCUUAUCUUGUGUAGACCUCUUUGCCAGCUUAAUGGGGACAUUUAAUAAUUUAGCGAUAUUUAUCCAAGGGUCCCGUUUGUAUGGCGGCCUAGACUUCGCAAACAGCAUCUUGUUUGUUAGCAUAGUGUUUGGACAACGUCAAACAUCAAACAUGACCAAUAUUUUGAAUAUUGGCUCCAGAUCACAUUUCUGAGACUGUUUAUUUGUUAUGUGUAGAAUGUCUGUCUUGGUGCAUCGGAGUCUGAAUUCUGUAUCCUCUGCGUCUUCAGGGGUUGGGAGUCUACUCCUACCACCAUUAACCAUUUGCCUCAAUAACUUCAAGCCUUCAGUCUUCCGCUUGUCUGUUCCAGCACUUUUGUUGUUUUUAAAUGUCUUUAAGACAUGUUCCAUUUCCUCUAAUGUUGGUGGAUCUUCGUUCACCGUAACUUUAACAUUCUCUGAGUGUGGGAAAUUCUCUGGUUGAGCUCGCUUUGGUGGCAUUUCAAGUUGCGGUACACGUGUAGCAUAGUGUUCUUUGAAAUGUUCUCUAUGUAGAGGGCAAAAAGUUUCUUUCAGCUCUUUCCCGCCUGUUAACGUCAGUGACGCUGUAUUCGUUCUCUCAGUCAUGAACUUUCAGAGACCUCAAGAUGGUGUUACAUAAACUCGUUGUUGAUAAAAAACCUAACAAAACCAGGCUGCUGGAUGUUAAGAUCCCACAGUUAGCUCGAUGUGUGCCAUUGUCAUCGGUAUUCCGUCGGUAAAGAAAUCAAACCUUCCCCAGUUGACAGUGACUUGGGUGUUUUGGUUGACUCGUAUCUCACCUACAGUGAUGACCGAAGAACAAAUUAAUACUGGCUUCUAGCUAUAUCCUCAGGCUAAAACGUGCCUUAUGAUAAUACAUCGUACUUUCUUAAGCUUAAGAUCGCCGAUGGGAUGGUUCACUCUCUGUGCUCGGCUUCCUUAUCUUCGCGUACUUGUUUGGCUGGUUUUUUUAUUGGGCCGUUCCAGCCUGCCUCGUCGUUGGGGGCAGGGGGCAGGGGGCUAAUGUUUAGUUUCAAUAAAGUCUCUCUCUGUGCCAAACAAUUGAUUUAUGUGUCCUUUAUUUCGAUCUUUUCUGUCCUGUGUUAAAUGGUUUAAAAAGACGCCUUUUGUUUUUACUUACAUUCUAGGGUAACUUCAUCUUUCAUAAUUUUGUAAAAUUUUAGCAGUCUUGCAUAACGCGCGGGUAGGCGUAAGAAGCCUUUACACUUCUUGGUGUUGUUGCACUGAGUGACCCAGACUAUUGAAUGUAGCACAGUUAUUAUCACAGGAUUUUAAGCUCAACUGCCUCUUUUCCUCUUCUUUUCUAGCGCUGCAGCAUUCAAUCACGAUAAAAUAGUAAGCUUUUUACUUGAGUAUGGGGCUGAUCUGGAAGCAAAAGAGGUAUUGGAAAUGACGCCUUUUCUAAUGGCUGUGACGCACGGAGCAGUCGAGGCUGCCAGGGUGUUGGAAAGCCAUGGAGCUGAUAUUUUAGUAACUGACAAUUCAUUCAACAGUGCUAUUCAUUUGGCUAUCAUGUACAGAAAGUCUGAAAUGUUAAAAACGCUGCUAGAAAUGGACAAAGAUCACCGUUUAACAAAUAUGACGGACAAAGAUAAAAAGAACGUUUUUCACCUUGCCUGUGGACAGGAGACUUCUGAGGUAACUAACACUUGUAUUAUGCCAAAGCUUAGGUUAUCAGCGACCAAUAUAUAUAUUUAGUAUACGGCUACAACAGUACGCGCUUUCUGAUUGGCUGUUUUCUUGUAAUGACCGGGCAUUACUAGUUAGGUGUCCAAAGCAUAUACAAUUUGUGUUUAACUUGAUAGCGAACAUCCUUACGGACAUCAUUGUUAUAAAUGGUCAAUUGACAGCUGUCAAAAAGGGUAUCCGCUGACCAGUGUCACAUGACCGUAUCUCGGGCUCAAUUGUACAACUCACUGAGGUGUUGUACUUUUUAAAGUUAUCAGCUGACCUUUUGUUGAUUUUAAUUGAUCGCAGGUUCAGAUCCAUAAUGAAAAAGCCAUAUAAUAAAUAACUUAUUAACCUCGUCCGUUCAGUCAUUACAGGGAAAUCUCAGAGCUCGGCUUUGAUGUAUUGACCUCGCUAUCGCUCAGUCAAGGCAUCAAGGCCUCGGCCUGAGAUUUCCCUGAAAUGACCUCCCUCUCGGUUAAUAAGUAGUAUAUAACACUAGGACGUAAAUUGACUGUGUACCUUUGAUAAGGGAAAAAGCUUAACGCCUAAAACGGUGGAAGAAUUGCUACUAAUUGACAAAGAUGUAGUUCCAGUAGUAUCUAAAGACAGAGACUAAAAAUCAUCAUUGAAAACUGGAUAACAUGGAGGUGACUGACGCUUACGUGCCAACGUUAGUUAACUUACGAUACAUUUAGGGCAAGAAAAUAUUAUGCGAAACAAAGUAUCGAAGAGCAAGCGAAUGUUUGCACUACACUGUAACCAAAAGGAACGAUUUCAGCCCCAAAGUACCUGCUGGCCAAAGUCUGAUUCGGCCUAUCCUAGAGCUCUUUGGGCAAAUUAUGCCAAAACAGCCCCAUCAAAUGCCUACCUAUUCCAGCCGACACUGGGACUCGUUUCACCCCUUGGGUCCAGAUCAUGAUCAGCUCUAAGUAAUUAGUGAGCUAAAUCAGACCCAAGAGAAUUGGACUGUAUUUUACGCACCAAAAAGGCCCUCAUUUUCCAGGCAAAACAAAUCGUUUUGAUUUAUAAUGUUUAUAAUGCAUUUAGUCUGUCGCAAUUCUCUUCUCCCUUGCCCCUGAAAAAAAAAAUGAAAGAAAGAAAAAAUCAGUUACUUUGACCCAGACCCCUAUCAUCUAACCGAGAUGUAGGUUGAUUCGCUGCUAUCAGUGAUAAUGCUUCCUGUCUUUUCGUUCGCUGGACGUUAGUCUGUCUCGUACAUUUCUGUUUAAGAUUUUGACAAUCCUUCUGGAAAGUGAUGCGUCUCCACCUAACGAUAGUGACAUAAAUGAAAAGGGACCCCUCCACAUCGCAGCCGAGAAUGGUUCACUAGAUUGUGUGGUGGUGCUCGCCAAGUACGCAUUCUUUGGAAGCUGUGUGAAUAAAAGGGAAGCUCGGGGAAUGUCACCUCUUCACUUGGCUGCCAGUAAUAAACACGAGUAAGUAAUGAUGGCGUAAGUAGCAAAUCCUUGCUAUUGUUUUAAUUUUCGUCCUUGCUUCAGAAGUUCUUGGUGAGGACGAAGAGCCAUGAGCUGUUUGUCUGAAAACGACACCGUCACUAUAAAGAGCGAGUUGUGAAAAUGGAAGGAAUUUUAUUUAAAGAAGUCUUCACCUUUGAAGGGAAAGGGAUUUUGUUGACGAAAUCUCUAUAAUUUUGUGCUCUAAAGGGUUAAUGAAAAUUCGGCAAACCCAACUUCAUUAUCAUCAACGGUAGUAGUUUAAGUUAACCUCACACCCGCAUCCACUGUCAUCUUACUUUUUCAAUGUUAUGAGUAGAUUAGCCCCCUGAUCCAGGAGUUCACUUACUGGUUUUAGUUUUUGCUAACUGAACUCUUGGAAGAAACUAUUAGUAGGUGGAAUAUGAUGGUCCGAGUACUUGUAGUCCUAACACCUGACAUAGGACUGUUUUUGACAGUCACUAACGUUUGGACAACCUGAAAGGUUUUAAUUUUAUAGUCAAUGUGAGUUGAUACAUCAAUUGACGUGAGCAACUCACUUUUACUCUGAAGAUGACUACCGCACAGGCUGUCGAAAGGUCAGUCACUCUCAACAAAGUACUAUCAGGAUUCACCCAGACGAUCAAAUUCCACCUGCUUGUCUUGUGAAAUGACUCCAGAGCUCAAACCUUUCACUGUGCCAUAAUGUUUCCCCGCUAGGAAUUAUUAUUCUAAUUCUUCUUUUUAUUAUUAAAUUUCCCAAUAAACGCUUGAACUCCUCCUUCUCCCUACCGCGUGGCUCUACCAGAAAAAAAAAAAAAAAGGAUUAGCAACAGACACUUAGGUGCACAGAACGUCUAAAAAGAUCUGCAUUUAGCGUAAUUUAUGUAUCAAAUGGACUUGUUGUUUCUAGAAUCAAUUUUUCUCGUUUUGCCUACCUUGUUUUUUAAAUUUCAGGAGAACAUGCGAUUUUCUGAUAUCAAAGGGUGCCGACGUCACGGCUAAAGACAAAGACAACAUGACGCCCCUUCACUUGGCUGUUAAGGCAGGCUCAUUAAAAACAGUAAAUGUACUAACGAAUUGCCUUUUGCCGAGUACAUUGGAAGAAAAAGAUCAUGAGGGAAACACGCCACUUCAUCUUGCUUGUAAAUACAACCGUCUGGAUGUGCUGCAGUUUCUUUUAGACAGAGGAGCUGAUGUUACGGUCAGAAAUCAGGUAAACAUGACUUGUCUAGAUGUAGCGAUCGAGUGGGAAGCAGAGGAGGUGGCAAAGACACUCGUGAAACAUCAGAGGUACGUUUAUAUAAGGACUAAUAGUGAGUAUGUUUUUCUUUUAAUAUCAACCGAUGUAUCUAUUGUUAUUAUUAUUAUUACUAUUAUUAUAAGUGUUUAUUUAUCUUACUAGAUUAAUUAUCCCACUCGCCCCAGACCUAGAUUUAUUCAAAAUUAGCAUAAUACUAUGUGUUGCGUUGUGUUGUGUUCUCAAAAUGGCGUGCUCACUGAAACAUGGUGUCGAGAGGUGCUUACGUUUGUCGUCGCGGAGUUAAAGCCACUGGAAGCUUUGUUAAGACCAGCACGCCUGGAAAGUGCUCGCCAAGCUUCCAGUAACGAGAGAAUGGAACUUCAAAACCAGAAUGAAUUGUUAACUUGCUGAUUUUCACGGAUUGAUUGAUGGUUGCGAAUAAUUUCCCCAAGCCUUCACCGAUGGACAUGACCGGCCACCUUGCGAACAACUGGUCACUUUUUCGUUUGCACUUCGAAAAUUACGAGAUUGCUACUGGCUUAAUUUAAAAAGACAAGGAAAUUUGAGUAGCUACGUCGUUGUUGUUAUGGUAAAAGAGUGUUUCCGAGUUUUCAAGCACCUUGAGUGGCAGACAGCGAUUGAACAAAAAUCGGUCCCAUUCUGUUAUUUAUGAAUGCUUCAAAUUCAACACUUGUGAGCAGAGCAUAGGAGAUACGGUUGCGCACAAUAACUAGCAUCGACAACUAGCUUGGAGUUGCAGAUUCAAGUGUACGAGCUGGGAUGCUUCAAGAACACAAUCUUGCCGAGGAAUUGAUGACGAAUCUACAGUUCAGCUCCUUGACCAGUGAAAAGAACUGAGUGUUAAUUAUGUCAAGCACAACAAAAAGUGGAAGAUGAAAGAGAAAGAGAAAAGGUGAAGAACGAGGAGGAGGAAAAAAAACAUUCUCACGUCCUUGUAAAUAGUGUUGCGGAAAGCACCCAAAAAUCGGAAGCAGUGUCCAGAGGUUAGUCCUCUUACCUGUUCCAACUACAAGAAGAUCUAUCAUUUUGCAAAGGUUUGCAAUAGAAAAAAACAAGCAACCAGAAAUGAUAACAAUUGUGGGACACACUGUAGACUCAAUGAAAACUCCAAGCGAUCGACUAGUGGUUCGCGAAGCCCCUCUCGCUGGAACCUGUCAAAUGGACACAGGCUUCACAUGUUACCUCAUAAGCUAUGCUGAUUACUGAAACAUUGUUUAAGGUGGAGAUCCUAAUCUGCUCAAAUCGGAUUCCAAGCUACGUCGACUGCGUGGUGGUUCAGUCACGACUGUCCUAUGGAAGUCUGUGAGCUGUAUUGUGAUCGUCAAGGAAGAGAUCACAUGCUUGAGUUCCAAGUAGUACGAGUGGAACAAAAACUCGUAUUGUCAACCUUAAAUUCUGAGGAAGAUGGUUCUUGAACAGUUGACUGCAGUGGGGAAGUCCAUACUGUAAUGAAAGAAGUACCAAAAGUAGUCCCUACAACAGUGCAAGUGCCUCCAAGUCUUUUAACCUUCAAGUCCAUUAGUGCUCACUACCGUGAUGUCCUCUUUGGGCUAGGAUGUCUACCUGGUGAAUAUAACUGUAUUGAAGUGGACAAGAGUGUUAAACCUGUUCAACACCAAUAGUACUACGUGGCUGUGCCCUAAAGCCAAAACUGAAGAAGAAGAUUGUAGAACUCGAGCAAAGGCAGGUGCUUGCAAAAGCCAAGUCACCCACUGACUGGAUUAGUAAUUUGGUGGUAGUACGGAAACCAUUAGGAAAUUGAGGGUCUGCAUUGACUCAAGGAUUAUAAUCGUGCACGCAAACGUCCACAAUACCCUAUGCCCACCACUGAAGAGGUACAGUAUCGCCUUUCAAAAGCAAUGGUGUUCUCUGUACUCGAUGCAAAGGAUAGAUUUUGGCAAGUGAAGCUUGAAGGGAAAAGCAGCUUCCUCAUAACAUUCUGGAACCCUUUCUGGUGGUAUCGCAUGUUGCUAAUGCCUUUUGGCACAUGCACAGCACCUGAGGAUUUCGUUCAACUUUUAACAAGACCUUGCUGUUUUAUUUUACUUUUAAUUUAUAUAACUCAUCUGUGUGUGUCCCUUGCACGGCCUGGUACAAAGAAAGCCUCAUAAAAUCAUUAUUCUUAAGCCUUGGCCAAUGUUUUUUUGCUCAUUUCCAACUGCUGUUGGCUUUUUCCGACUUCAUGAAGACCUUAAGAAAGUCACUUAUUGAUAAAUGAAAUUUUCCUUAUUUCUGUGCCCGUGAUUAUAAUAUAUUUAAUCAUUCUAGGUGGGAAGAGGUACUUGAAGGUUCUGCAUUUAGGAAGUUAAUAGAAAAGCUCCCAGAUGUUGCAGAAAUUGUUCUUGAUCAGUGUGUCACCUACAGUCCUUUGCCUCCGUCGCACGAAGACUUUACCGUCAAGUUCAACAUGAGACACCUUGAUCCGCACUUGAGUGGUGAUGAAGACGCUGACUUUCCCCCUGCAAUUAUGGCCAGACACAAGCGAGAGAAACUGUUAACUCACGUUGCCACGCAAGUAUUACUUCGUGUGAAGUGGACGAUGCUCGCAAAGAUAUUUGCUUUUCUCAAUGUUUUGCUGUUCACCGUCUUUGUCAUCGUGUACUCUUGUCUCAUCGUAGAGGCAAGAGAUAAAAGCAAGCUGUUAUCUGGGACAAAGGGUGAAGAAUUAAAUAAGGUAUCACCUUUGAGCAAAUUAAGGCCUCGUAUGAUUCUUAUCUUCGUGAUUUUCCAACUUAUAAAGGAAAUAAUUCAGCUUAUGUGGAUGAGGUUGGCUUACUUUCUGGAUCUCUCAAACUUUCUCGAGUUGGUCAUGUAUGCGAUGGUAUGGAUUUUUGUCUUCCCCAUCGCGUUUGAUGAGAAAGAGUUUUAUAGUGCUAGAUUCCAAUGGAAUGCUGGGAUAGUAGGUUUGCUUUUAUGUUACGUCAAUUUGACCUUAUGUUUCCGUCGCUUUGGUGGACUUGCCUUGUAUGUGACAAUGUACAUUGAAGUUCUCUGGACUUUUGUUAAAGUGAUUUCAACGUUCCUCGUCGCCUUGGUUGGAUUUUCAUUGGUUUUUUACGUUGUACUGCCAGGCCAGGUAAGAAUAUGUACUGGUAUGAGGGAGAAAGUACAUUAAUGGAGCUAAAAUUGUCUGGAUUUGCCAAAAGGUACCGCCAGAAUUUUUUUAGCAACAGUCUAAUUUGAGGCUUGCUCAAUACUUGACCAUUUGUUUCUCGUGAUGUUUUCAGUAAAAAAUACCCUUAACAGGCUGCAGUAGACAAAAAAACGUGUUUAAAAUUUUGUUUAGAUCUUCAUCAUCCCCCUCCCCUACCUAUCAUUGCCCAUAAUUCUCUCCCUAUCAUAACAUACUAUUACAUUUGAAAUCAGGGCGAGAGGUAGAAGUUGUUUUCCGUGGUCGGUUAAUUUUCCAGACUUUUUUUUAGCCGCCUUCAGCAAAGUUUUCCGUAAGGCAUCGUUAAGCCUUAUGAAGGAUUAAGUCUCACUAUUGGUAAAGUCUGCCGUCGACCGAUAUGCUACCGUAUUUCUUUUCAUUUUGACUAAACGGGUGAAACACUGAUCUCGGGCUUGAGACGGAAAGGCAUCAUAUUUUGAGCGUCGUUGUGGGCAGUGACGAGUCUCUGGCCUCAAAAAGUAAGUUUUAGCAGUCGAAUCUAUUUGUCGAGAGAAAAAUUUGAUGCAUAUUUCUGACCAGGCCAGAGACGUAGUGAAAAAUUGUUUUGAAGGCCGGCCUCUAUAUGUCCCUUUCAAAACGGCUCGUCUACAUCCGGGAUCUUGAAUAAAUCGCCCUUGUCAGGAAAGUUAACCUGUGAUGAUUUAUGAAGAGAAAGCGAGAGUAAUUUGAUGAUAUUUCUCCCGUACUAAGUGUGGACACAUUGUGCCUGGUUGGUUGUGCAUAGUUUUGUCAGUGCCGCGAACGUGGUUAAUUGUGUGAUUUCCUGAAGUUGUUGACGGACAGAAUCAGGUAUGUCGUGGUGCUCUUGUUCUAGGAAUAUUGUGUGCAAGCAUACAAACGCUUCGUGAGUGUUUAGUUAAAGUGCCUUUGCGUUAGACAACCGAUUCUUGGCUCAAGAAAGGUGGAUUCUAGGUCUGUUUUAGUCGGGCAUCUCGCUAUGAGCCUCGUAGUUUGAGAGACUAAAAGGUCAUAAUUUAUGUAGUAUUGUUCAUUUCAUUACAAAUCUGUCGCUUUUGCUAAGAGCGACUUUUCCUACAUUGCCAGCCAUUAAUUUGUCCUUUUUAAGCCCUAACUAGCGACUUUCAACUGCUUUUUAUUCACCUCUAGGGUCAAAUUGUGAAAACGCACUUGAAAUUUCUUUAGGUACCUUUUUACAAAUCCAGGCAGAUAUAUAUAUCUUAUCAUUUUGAAUACUCGCUUACCGAUCUGAAAGCAUCUCUUUGUCACGUUUCAACGAUAAAGGUGAAACGCAGACAAAAACAAAAACAAGAAAUUACAAGAAAACGAUAACCACUUUGGUACACCUUUUUUGCGUUUGCCAUGAAGUGAUGAUUAAUUUCUCGGUAAGGUUUUGAAUUAUAUAAAGGCACAACUUUGUCUCCCAUUUUCCGAUCUAAAUAUCUGCAGCAGAGGAUAUCUUGAAGAACACGAAAUAAAAGGUGAUUAAUAACUCGGAAGUUGGAGAAGUAUAACUUUCAACCUGUAAACCAGAAAUAAAGGCUUCUAAUAAAAAAAAAGCUAGGGCUAGUCUAAAAGAUCGUUUACAUAGAAGACAUAAUGAAACAAUUUGUCUCGCAGGAAAAAACUCAGUUAAUUCUAAAACUCACAAAGACCGGUAACCAUCAUAUCAUUGGUAAAUGAAGUGCUUUUAAUUUCUUCAUCUACUUGUUCUCUGCCGACUAGGAUUAUUUCUCAACUUUUGGGUUUGCUAUGGGAAAGAUUCACGUAAUGAUGGUUGGCGAACUGGAUUACGGCGGUAUGUUAGUGGACAAAAUUUCGAAAAACGUCACAGCUACAGGAAGUGAUGCUUUAUCAGUGCCUUUGCCUCAGCUAACCAUUGGUUUGUUCUUCACAUUUGUGCUGACAGUCUCUGUUGUACUAGUUAACCUUUUGGUAUGUAUACACUCUUGUCAGCAAUAGGAUCAUGAAAUGCUUAAAUAUCCUUUCUGCUCUGUGAUAUUUAAUUAAACCCCAUCCUGUAAUAAGCCCCGCAUUAAUUCCCCAAUCUCACCAAUCUCGUCAUGAACCCACCCCCUCCCAAAAUAAGUAAGUAAAUAAAUAAAUAAAAUACAAUAAGGUCUCUGCAUCUAUCAAGCUGUCUCCCCUAAGAAUUAAUUGUGUUAGAAGGUGGUUUAGUAAUGCUUAUUUUGUAGUGACAUAAUUCAAUAAUCAGCCUUAACAUGUUUGAGAUAGAAAUACAGUCAUGGCCAUCAUGCAUCGAUAUACAGUUAUCAUAAUUUAGUCUAUCACUGACGAUACUUCAUAGGUUGGUCUUGCGGUAGGAGACAUCGAAGCAAUCCAGAGGACUGCACGUUUACGAGCCUUAAUAGAUCAAACGUUACUUGUCCACAGUCUUGUUAAAUACUACCCAAGGUGCAUUCUCCAACGCGCACGAAAGAGUGUUUGGGAAAUAAAGCCAAACCGCAAUACUAUGAUUAAAAGGUAA